AUGGACGGAUAUGCCCCUACACGCAGAUCAUUCUGGAGGAAACCUGGGCGCAAGAAUAAUGAGAGGCUGCCAACCGAUCCGCAAACGACAAUAGCUUCACCCAAAAUCGUUGGUGCUCAUUACAGCUAUACUUGUCCUAGUGGCGUGAUGCUUCCUUCCCAGUAUCCUUCUCGAACAGCUUCACCAUCAUCGUCAUCAUCCUCUUCAUCAAAACCAACCAAAACCAAAUCAUCAUCAACAUCAUCAGCUCCUUCACAUCAACAUGCGCGUUCAAGUUUAUCACCUUUGAAAUCAUUCGACGCAUUUAUCAAAGAUACCAACGAUGAAUGGAGUGACGAUCUCGGCUAUGAUUUGGUGAAUCGAUCUACUAGGCUGUCUUCUUCAUCAUCGUCAUCCAUACGCCAUCCCUUUUCAGAAUCAUCGAGCAGCCCUUUAUCCCAUCAAUCUCUACCAAUCCAGCCUUCAUCACCACCAUCAUUUCCGCCAAUCACCGAAGAAAAAUCACCUCCAGCAUAUAAAGGUGCUCUUAAAACAGACAUUGACGACUUGCUGACUGAUCCCACGAAUAUCAUACAUCACAUUGAUACCACCAAGGUGGAUGACCUGAGAAAGAUCCAAAAGUUCACACAAGUCCUUUCCGAUGCCAACGUUGAUUUAGCGGCAUUAAGGAAACUAAGCUGGAGCGGCGUUCCCAGGGAUCUACGUUUGGUCGUAUGGCAACUGUUGUUUGGAUACCUCCCUUGCAACCAAGCACGGCGUGCUGAGACACUUGCACGGAAGAGAAAGGAAUACACUGACAGUGUUGCUGCAUCAUAUUCACGAGGUACAGCUGGCUUAGAUCAAACACUAUGGCAUCAGAUUCGCAUUGACAUUCCUCGUACAAAUCCAGGCGCUCCACUAUACCAAUACAAAACAACUCAACAUUGUUUGGAGCGCAUUCUAUACCAAUGGGCUAUCCGACACCCCGCUACUGGUUAUGUGCAAGGUAUCAAUGACCUGGUGACUCCUAUAUUCGAAGUAUGUUUGGGGGCAUAUAUCGAUGUGGAGCCCCAGCAAUAUGACAUGGAUCAAAUGAACGAAGAGGUGUUAUCAAUUAUUGAAGCAGACAGCUUCUGGUGCUUGUCAAAGCUGCUGGAUGGGAUCCAAGACAACUAUACAUUCGCACAACCAGGCAUUCAGAGGCAGGUAGCUGUAUUGAAGGAAUUGGUUUCCCGGAUUGAAGCACAAUUGGCAAAUCAUUUGCAGCAAGAAGGGAUUGAAUUUAUGCAGUUUGCAUUCCGAUGGAUGAAUUGUUUACUUAUGCGUGAGGUGCCGAUGCAGUGCACGGUGCGAAUGUGGGACACCUACUUGGCCGAAGGCUCCUCGGACGGGUUUUCCGAAUUCCAUGUCUACGUUUGUGCAGCGUUUCUAGCCAAAUGGUCCAAGCAAUUGCUAAAGCUAGAUUUUCAGGGCAUCAUGGUGUUCCUGCAGCAACUACCUACCCAAGUUUGGCAAGAAAAGGAUGUUGAACUUCUAUUAUCGGAAGCUUACAUGUGGAAAACACUGUUCCAUAAUGCACCCCGUCAUCUCAAAAAGUAG